CGGUGCGGUUCCAAAUUUAAUGCAGUCAACUUUCGUCUACACGGGCGCCGUUCCUCUUGGAAUGUGCUGGUUCUGGGACAGAGGCGGAGUUGAGGACAAAGGUUUUAUGGGAAAAACGGAGGACAUCAACAACUUUUCAACGGGACUAUAGACUAUUAAAGCUCUAGGUCUACAUUAAGGAAAACCACAGUCUCUUUGUGGUGGGCCACCCCACCCCCCUGCAGCACCAUGUCCAAGUACCUGAGGCAUUUCACCACGGUGGGUGAUGACCACACAGCCCAUUGGCACAACGAGGGGCUGCAUGAGGCUAGAGAGGAGACGGGACCAGCCACAGGACAGCUGCCCCACUUACAAGUCACCUUCAGAGACUCCCUGAAGAGACUCUACAGCUCAGACAGAUUCCAGAUAGCUGUGGUAUGCCUGGUCAUCCUGGAUGCAUUCUUUGUGCUGGGCGAGCUACUGAUCGACCUGUCAAUCAUCAAGUUGGAGCAUGGGCACGUUGCCCCUCAGAUCUUCCACUACCUGAGUCUGGCUCUUCUCACCUUCUUCAUGGUGGAGCUGGCUGGAAAGCUCUUUGCCUACCGGCUGGAGUUCUUCCAUCACAAGUUUGAGGUGUUUGAUGGGCUGGUGGUGAUUGUGUCCUUCAUCCUGGACAUUGUGUAUAUCGCCAGUGAAGAUGCCUUUGACGGCAUGGGCCUCCUGAUCCUCCUCAGGCUCUGGAGGGUGGCCAGGAUCGUCAACGGAAUCCUGAUGUCUGUGAAGUCACGGGCCGAUCGCGAAGUUCAAACGCUGAAGGAGAGCAACGAUCACCUGGUCCAGCAAGUUAACGACCUACAAGAGCACAAUGGCAAGAUGGAAAAAGAGAACAGUAAACUACGAGCUCUCCUCCGACAGCAUAAAAUUGAGUUCUGAUGCAGGAAGAGGAACAUGAUGCCAUUUUUCAUUAUCCACUUAUAGUGUCAUUGGAAUUGUUCUAUAAACAAGGCUAUAUUCUAAAUAGUGUUCACCAUCCAUAUACCAUUUCAGUAAGUAAUUCCACAAUGACAGGAGCUUACACUGAGUUACUAGCCUGGUCCUAGAGGCGUUUGUACUCUUGCUAACUCAAUUGUUGUAAUUCUCAAGCCAAACUUUUGGCAUGACAAUGAGUGAAAAUAAGUUGGUAUGAUAACACACUGGCACUCAGGCUAGAUACAAUUGAGGUUGAAAGUUUACAUACACCUUAGCCAAAUGCAUUUAAACUCAGUUUUUCACAAUUCCUGACAUUUAAUCCA